GCGAUCCACUAUUGACAUCUUUGGUCAACUACUGUUCCCUGCGGCGGCUGAGGCGACUGAUGAUGCUGAGCGAUCAAGCUGUGAAGGCAGUGAAUUCCAUCAGCUUGUGAAGGCAAUGAAAAUGAGAUCUCUAAUCAAGGAGGCUUGUGCGAA